AUGGCAGAAACUUUUCUGUUUAACAUUGCUGAUACAAUUUUGCAGAAAAUAGCCCGCCUUUUCCUUCAAGAAAUUGGGUUGUUGAGGGGAGUAGAAAAUGAACUCCUGGAGCUUCAGAACAAACUAUCCACCAUCAGAGCAGUGCUGUUAGAUGCCGAGGAACAGCAGGCAAAGAACCGUGAGCUCUGCAAUUGGCUUGGCAAGCUUAAAGAUGCUUUCACCGAUGCUGAUGAUCUCUUAGAUGAAUUUGAGAUUGACCAGCUGCAACAGCAAUUCGUAAAUCAUCAUAGCCUAGUAACCAGAAAGGUACGCGACUUUCUUCCUAGUCCUCAUUCGCUUAAAUUCCGCUUCUCAUUUGGACAUAAACUCAAGGACUUCAAUAAGCAUUUGGAGAAGAUUGCUGCUGUUAAAGAUCAAUUUCAUCUCACCGAGCGCUUUGUAGCUAGAAAUGUUCUGCCAAGAGAGAGGGAGAUGACCCACUCGUUCAUUCGUGGAGAAGAUGUGAUUGGAAGAAACGAUGACAAAGAAAAAAUUAUUGACAUGUUAAUUUACAAUUCAUCAAAUGAUCAUUGUGUUCAUCGUCAUCAUGAGCACGUAUCUGUUAUUCCCAUAGUUGGAAUUGGGGGUCUGGGGAAGACCACACUUGCCAAGUUAGUGUACAAUGAUGACAAGGUUGAUCAGCAUUUUCACCUGAAAAUGUGGGCAUGUGUGUCCGCGGACUUGGAUAUAGAGAUCCUAACCAGAGAGAUUAUCACAUAUUUAACUUCUAAAUGUUGUAGAAAAUUAGGCAUUAAACAAUUGCAGUCCAUGCUCCGAAGUACUUUGUAUGGUAGGAAAUUUUUGCUCGUCAUGGAUGAUGUUUGGAAUGCUGACCAUCCAAAGUGGAUUGAGUUCAAAAGUUUGUUGAUGGAUGGUGCCAGUGGAAGCAAAAUCAUUGUCACUACAAGGAGCAACUAUGUUGCUUCGAUUAUGGGAGGUAGUCACCGGUAUGAUUUAGAUGGACUUUCAUGGAAUGCCUGCUUCGUGUUAUUUGUGAAAUGGGCUUUUCCACCAGGGGAAGAGAGGAAGCAUCCGAACCUCCUGAAAAUUGGGGAGAAAAUUGUGAACAAGUGUAAAGGAGUUCCAUUGGCUGCAAGGACAUUUGCAAGGAAAUUGUGUAAUAAAACUAAUGAGCGUGAUUGGUUGCAGAUGAGAGAUAGUGAAAUUUGGAAACUGGAAUAUCAGAAGCAGGACGAUAUCAUGCCAACGUUGAGAUUGAGCUAUGAUAAAUUGCCAUCUUACUUGAAACAAUGCUUUGCAUUCUGUUCAAUUUUUCUGAUGGGUCAAUACGUUUACAAGGAUGAAUUGAUUCAGCAUUCUAUCAUUCGAUCCCUUUGUGAGAAAAGCCAAGUAAUGGAAGACCUAAAACCCUAUAUUUAUACCUUAGCCGGAGAUAGCAGAAAUAACGAGUUAGUCAUUAUUCAGCAAUUUCUUCAAGAUCUCUCCAUAGCAAGAGUUGACUGCCCCGGCUUAGCUUACCAAUGGACCUAUACCUAUGAAGAUGAAGAGCAACCCUGCUUAGACGAAGAAAAAUGCAAUAAGAGGUCAGAACAUUUUGGUAGAUGUCAGUGUAACCUAGACUUCAGCAUUUGCCUUUGCCAGAUAAAUUUAGCUACAUUCGAGCCGCUGGAGAUAGAAAUUAGGGGCAAAACUCGUUAUCUAACAGCCCCAAAAUUGUUAGAUUACGGCUUUGUCUCUAGACUAAUUUUCACAGAUCCAGAUCAGACAGAUAAUUUUGGACACAAGCUUGCUCAUGCAGUACUGUGCGUAAUGGAAGAACAUCAUCCGUUUGUGGAAGCUUUGAUAGAUAGCAAACUACCAGAGUGGAAGGGAAUAUGGUGCAACCCAGCUAAACACAAAAUGUACCUCAGAGGAACCUCUACAUUUCCAGGAUACCUAGGACUUCUCAAUAGGAGACCCUGGCCAUGCAAAAGAUUUUCACUCAAAGACCAGCUCAAUAAAUGGAGAAAAUUUGCUAGCAACUCUCUCUUAGCCUAUAAUGGAAAUUAUGGACAUCUAGUCUGUGAAGAUAGACAUCAGAAGAUACAUUGUAAUUUAGCCAUCCCAGGAUAUCCAUUCAGCAAAGAGACAUUUGUCGAUGAAAGUCAAUACCCGAACUACCAGCAUGGCGUCUCUCAUGAAUCACCAGUGAUGGGAGCAAAUGAUCAAGAAUGGAACGAUGAACCACCCAUGGGAGAUGGGGAUGACUUUUAUGACCAACUCUCAGCAGCAGACCUUGACGACCUAGCAGACAGAAUGUAUGGGUGA